GCGGCUCUUUUGCCCGGAGGCGGCGCGGGGCGAGGCUGCCCGGAGGGCUCUUGCCCCGCCGCGGCGCCCCUGUGGGCCGGGAGCCCUCGGGCUUCCGCUUGUCAUCCCCACCGGUUCUUGGCAGGGCAGCCUUCGCGCUGGCCACGCCUGUGUGGGCUGCGGGUCAGCGGCGUGGGCGGGCGGGCGGUAGGGGCUUUGGCGCAGGCCCGGCGUCCGGGCUGGAAGUCUGGAACUCCUUAGGCGCAGCGGCGGAGCUGCCCUCCCGGCCUGCCCGAUUUCCCUGCAAGCCGGGGAGCCCCGCGGUCCGGCGUCCGCGUUACAUAAGGCUGCUUCCGCCUGGGGGGCCCCGACAAGACACGGAGCCUCCCCCGAAAAGGGACCCCCAGAAACCGGGGCAAGGAAAGCCAGAGUCCAAACUGCAAGCUUCGGCUCUGCCUCUUUCUCCAAGGGCGCCCACGGGUUGGGGGUGGGAGGGCUGCUUUCUUUAAGGGGUCCCAUCCAGGCCAUUUAUCUCAGGCAGAGGUUGCCACCCACGUGUGGCCCCCCAGGACGCUUCCCCUGGCACAGCACUUGGCAUAUAGUGCCCAGGUGCUGCUCUUCGUGGAGGGGUGCUUGGAUCUUUGAGGAAGGGCCCCUUUGAUGGAGGGCAGCCCCCCCCUAUCUAGGGUGGAGAUGGCGCCAGAGGCUGCCCGAGAAGGAAGACCCCGGGGGAGGCUGAAUUCCCACAGCUGCUUCCUUUGGAGACCCCGGAAGGAGGAGGAUCUUAGAGGGGAGGGCCGAGGUUCUCUCCCCCCUCAAGAGACACGAUGCCGCCGUGGGAAAGCCCCUUGAGGGGCCAGGAGCCCAGGCCCACAAUGGGUCCAGCCCCACCGGCCACCUUGAGCCAGACCCAUGGCACCCGGAUCCCUAGGAACCCUUUCGCUGCGUGAGCGGCCUUUCUCAGAUGGCUGAAGAAGCUGCCCAGAUCCUGCCCAGCUUUUCCUGCUGAACUUCCCCUUGGGCUUUGCCUGGCUGCUGCCGAGAUGUCCCUGGAGGGGCUGGUGUGCUGCCGUGGGUCGCUUGACUGGCUAAGGGAGCUCAUCGGCUCUACCAUCCAGGCGGUGCGGGACUGCGACCCCCCUGCGCUCGGCACCCUGGGCGUCCUGCUGGCCCUCUUCGUCUGGUACUGCUACCACGUGGGGCGGGAACAGCAGCCCCGGCCUUUCGCCACGGUGCUCCCGGGGGGCGUGGAGGUGGCCGGCCUGCAGAACGGCUUCAGCCACUGCCGCUCCCCCGAGUGCGUGCGCUGCGCCCAGAGCGAUGGGUUGAACCAGAAGCUCUACCACAACCUGCAGGAGUAUGCCAAGCGGUACUCGUGGGCCGGCAUGGGCCGGAUCCACAAGGGCAUCCGCGAGCAGGGCCGCUACCUGGCCAGCCGCCCAUCCAUCCAGCGCCCGGAGGUCUUCUUCCUGCCUGACUUGCCCACCACCCCGUAUUUCUCCCGGGAGGCCCAGAAACACGACGUGGAGCUGCUGGAGCGCAACUUCCAGACCAUCCUGUGCGAGUUUGAAUCCCUCUACAAGGCCUUCUCCAACUGCAGCCUGCCGGACGGGUGGAAGGUCAACAGCACACCCAGCGGCGAGUGGCUGACCUUCUACCUGGUCAACCAGGGCACCUGCGUGCCCCGGAACUGUCGGAAGUGCCCUCGGACAUACCGCCUGCUGGGGAGCCUCCGCACCUGCGUGGGCAGCAACGUGUUUGGCAACGCCUGCAUCUCCGUGCUGACCCCUGGCACCGUCAUCACCGAGCACUAUGGGCCAACCAACAUCCGUGUGCGCUGCCACCUGGGUUUGAAGACCCCCAGCAGCUGUGAGCUAGUGGUGGGAGGGGAGCCCCAAUGCUGGGCCGAAGGACGCUGCCUGAUUUUUGACGAUUCCUUCCUGCACACAGCCUACCACGCAGGCCCCCCUGAGGAUGGACCCCGUGCCGUGUUCAUGGUGGACCUCUGGCACCCCAACGUUGCUGCGGCCGAGCGCCAGGCCCUGGAUUUUAUUUUUGCUCCUGGACGGUGACGUGAGCUCCCCCUUUCCGGAGCAGGUUCCGUGUUUCUGUGGAGGGGGCCCUUCACACCCAGCUGACGUGGGGUUUGGCCCCCAGGCCUCUUCG